AUGUCGGACGAUAAGCUUGAAGAAAAAAUCACUGCACCGUCAGAUGCUCUACCUUCUGAAAACGCCUCUGAAGAGAGAGCACACGAAAAGACUGAGACUUCGCGUCUGCAAAAAUUCAUCAGCCAAUUUGACAAGUGGGGACUUGAACUCAAUGGCAUCGAGCGCAUUCUGCCCGAGCAUCGCGUACAACGUUCAACGCGUGAUACCUUCACUAUGUGGCUAGGUGCGAACUGCAAUGUUGUCACCUUUAGCCUUGGAACUCUCGGAAGCAGUGUCUAUAAACUAGGCUUUCGCGAUUCUGUGAUUGCCAUUGUAGUUUUCAACAUUUUGGCUAUAAUACCAGUGGCCUACUUUUCGACGUUUGGCGCUCGAAGCGGAUUGCGACAACUGGUGUUCAGUCGAUUUGCGUUUGGGUACUGGACAUGCAUGAUUCCUGGGGUCUUGAAUAUGAUAGCGUGUCUUGGAUGGGCGACCGUGAAUUGUAUAGUCGGUGCUCAAACAAUUCACGCGGUGUCUAGAACGCAUCCCCUACCUAUAUGGGCUGGUAUUUCUAUCCUUGCAAUUCUGACGUUGAUCCCUUCAUUUUCUGGAUACAAAUUCGUCCAUGUCUAUGAGCGACACUCUUGGAUAGCACCUAUGAUAAUAUUUUUUAUAAUACUAGGCAAAGGGAGAAAAUACAUGAACGCAGCGAGAUCAGACCUAACAGGCAAUAUUGAGAUCGCGAGCGUUUUCAGCUUUGGAGCAUCAGUCGCUGGGUUUUCGCUGAGUUGGAUAAGUUUUGCAGCUGAUUAUACUGUACAUUUACCCGAGAAUACUUCCUCCUGGAAAAUCUUCUUUGCUGCCUUUUUUGGAAACUUAGUGCCAUUGGUCCUGAUCGAGAUACUUGGUGCAGCUAUGAUGACCACCCUUCUCAAGAAUCCCAGCUGGCGCGACAAGUAUCAAUCUGAUGGGAUGGGUGGCUUGUUAUCCGCUGGAUUAUCACCGCUCGGUGGUUUUGGUCGUUUCUUGACUGUCUUACUUGGCUGUUCUGUGGCAAAUGCUUUGUACCGCACUCAAAAGUACUCGUUAGCGCUUACAGUCCAAACUUUUGGACGAAGGAUUGCGGCAAUUCCUCGACCGCUGAUAACCAUGGCAGGCACUGCUGUCAUCGUGACUGCCGCACUCAUAGGCCAGGCGCAAUUUGAGGCAUUUCUGGACACCUUUCUUGUCUUUGUGGGUUAUUGGGCCAUGAUAUUCGGUGUCAUAGUAGCCCAGGAACACAUUAUAUUUCGCAGAUCUCACUGGUCAAACUACGCAUUUGAAGAUGUGAACAAUUCAAAGCUAUUGCCACCAGGAUUUGCUUCUGGAUUCGCUCUAGUCUGUGGAAUUGUGGGAGCUAUUCUUGGGAUGUCUCAAAAAUGGUUUACUGGUCCAAUCGCACGUCUGCUGGGUCCAGAAAAGUCUGGCGUAGACCUUGGUUUCCAAGUAUCCUUGAUCUUCACUACCAUGGUAUGUGUUUGCUAA